AUGGGUCGCAAAAAGAUCAAGAUUCAGCCCAUCAAGGAGGAUCGCAACCGCUCGGUCACCUACCUUAAACGCAAAGCCGGUCUCUUCAAAAAAGCGCACGAACUUGCCGUCUUGACCGACUCACAGGUCGCCGUCAUUGUCUUCGGUCACAAUGGCAAGCUCGCCGAAUUCUGCUCGACCGAUAUUGACCUCUUGCUCUUGCGGUACACCGAGUACGAAGGUGUAGCAGAGAGGAAAGGCCCACACAACUACCUCAACAACGACAAGGACUCGGACGACAACGAUGAUGAUAACGACAAUGAAGACAAUGACAACGCAAGCGGUGACGGCCCAGACGACGACGACUCUACCGGCAACAGGGGUGCCAGUAGCAGGCACGCUGGUGGCCGAGGUAGCAGCCGCAGCGGCAGCCGCAGCAACUCCAGGUCCGUGAGCGGCGUCAAACGUAAAGCGGAGCAAUCGUCUCCGCCACGCAACACACAUCUCAGUCGAUCCACCGUCUUGGCAGGCCCUCCACCCAACUUCUCGACAGCAAAGCAGACCAUCAAUGCUGCCAUUCGCCAAAAAAAUCACAACCGGUCUCCAGUCAAUCCUGCUCCUACAGGCCACCUGACAGGCCAAAGUGUGUUCGAACCAUCGCCUUUCAGUCAGUCCUUUAUUCCUGGCUCCAGCAUGGUGGAUGCGGCCAUGCCCAACACGGGUGUCAUGGUUGCCACUCCCCCAAUGGCGGGUCUAUAUAACAGCAUCAACGACAACGACAAUAACAAUAAUAACAACAACAGCAACAACAGCAGCAUCAGCAGCAGCAGGGCAGGCGGGCAAGGUGUUGCCGGCGUGCUACCCACCAACCAAACCAGAGCAGAGGCGAUUGCCAGCAUGUCGAUCCCCAUGCCCUCCAACGACCGCUUGUCCAUGUUUGUCUCGCCCGCGACUCCGUGCUUCGGCUUGACUCCUGGCGGCACUGUCGUCACACCCGGUGGCAGACGAUUCAGCUUUUCCGACGUCCUGACGCGGGGGUCCAGCAGCUCCAUGUUGCCACGACCGGUGACCGCCAACCCUCUGAUGCCCUCGACCUUCUUCCACAAUGACGCUUUCGGGUUGGCUCCCCCAACACAGCCGCACGCCUUCAACUCAAUCUCGCCAAGCAUGUCGCCACAGCCGCCCCAAGGCAAGUCUGUAUCAGCAUCCAUCUCUGUCGCGGCACGACCGGGCAUCGCACUGGACACAUCCCCCACUCCAUUCCCAGACUUUCGCUCCAGCACGUCCCUCCUGUCGAGACCUGCUUCCACCGGUGAAGCUCGUUCUAUAGCGUCAACUUACAACCAAGCAACGUUCGCAGCAAGCUCGGGAGCUGGUUUCACGCCUUCCAAUACCGUGGCUCCUGCGGCCAACAUCGUGCGACCAUUCACCGCCGCCCCCAACCUCGAGCUCACCAGUACAUCCAGCAAUCAUCUUGCACUACCCGGGGCCAACUUUCAGGCCAGCUCAGCGUCGCCCAUGCCUCCUGCGUCUUCGUUAAGAAUCAACGCGAUAGGGAUGCUGCCUACAACUUUCGACUCAAAUCCCUUCGUUGGCGCCGGUCUCAAGAGCUCGGCAGCAACGUUCGGGGGCUCGCAGACGAGCUCGGCGACUCCUGAGCUGAUUUCGCACGGCAACAGUGCUUCAGCUGCCCGAGCACCGAGAUCAUCCUUGUCGACGGAUGGAGAAACACCACCUGUGCUUGGUGGUGGUCGUGGCGUUGCUUCGAUGGGUCACGGUUCGUUUGAUGGCGACCACGCCAAGUUGGAACCAGAUGCGACUUGGCUCCAUCUCGCGCAGGGCAUAGAUGCAAAGGCAGAUCAGACUGGGACAGCGCAGGGAACGCUUGUCCAACCAGUACCGAUCAAUCCGACACAGAUGUUGGGCACGGUUCCAUUUGAUCUCAACUUUCCAACUCGGCCGACGCAGUGA